AACAUAAUUUCCGCUGCGUGUAUCAUCGGUACAUGUACCGCUAAAUACCCAACGGGAAAUAAUUGUUUAUAUACGAAUAAACGAUACAACAACCGCGCCUUCUCUAGAUAAGAUAAAAUCACAGUGUAAUGAUCAGUGAGUGACUAAUAUAAUAAUCGUAGUUACUACGAUGUGCUGCUAGGUAAAGCGCACAUUUGGUCGGAUUUCACAUCAUAUUAAGUAUUGGUAUACAUAAUAUAAUACAAUGGCUGGAACAGAUAGGGUUUCACUGACAGAUGCAUUAUCCAAUGUGGAUGUGCUUGAUGAACUGCCUCUGCCUGAUGAACAGCCAUGCAUUGAAGCACAGCCAUGCUCAGUGGUGUAUCAAGCUAAUUUUGAUACAAACUUUGAGGAUCGCAAUGGAUUUGUCACUGGUGUGGCAAAAUACAUCGAGGAAGCCACAGUGCAUGCUAAUCUUAAUGAACUGCUUGAGGAGGGACAACAGCAUGCUGUUAUGUUGUACACAUGGAGAUGUUGCUCCAGGGCUAUUCCACAACCAAAGAGCAAUGAGCAGCCCAACAGGGGUGAGAUUUACGAGAAGACUGUUGAAGUAUUAGCACCUGAAGUGCAUAAAUUAUUGAAUUUUAUGUAUUUUCAAAGGAGAGCAAUUGAAAGAUUCUCGCAAGAAGUAAAAAGACUAUGUCAUCAGGCUAAAACUAAAGAUUUUGUAUCGGAAGCAUAUUUAUUAACUCUAGGAAAGUUUAUAAAUAUGUUUGCUGUGUUGGAUGAACUGAAAAAUAUGAAGUCCAGUGUGAAAAAUGAUUAUUCCACCUAUCGAAGGGCUGCACAAUUCUUGAAAGUAAUGUCUGACUCCCAAACUCUUCAAGAAUCCCAGAAUCUAUCAAUGUUUCUGGCUACGCAGAACAAAAUCCGCGAUACUGUCAAAGAAAACCUUGAAAAAAUCCCUGGCUAUGAAGAACUCUUAGCAGACGUGGUUAAUAUCUGUGUGAACAUGUUUGAAUCCAAAAUGUACUUGACUCCCAGCGAGAAACACAUGCUGGUUAAAGUGAUGGGUUUCGGACUGUUCCUCAUGGACAGCGAAACGUGCAAUAUUAAUAAAUUGGAUCAAAAGAAAAAACUACGUCUGGAUCGCCUGGAUAGAAUUUUUAAGAAUCUAGAAGUGGUGCCUCUGUUUGGCGACAUGCAAAUUGCUCCGUUUAACUAUAUAAAACGCAGCAAACAUUUCGAUCCAACAAAAUGGCCGCUGUCUAACUCUGCAACCAUAUCACCACAAGCAGAUCUAAUGGUUCACCUACCACAAAUUCGCGAAGAUCACAUUAAAUACAUCAGUGAAUUAGCGAAAUACAGCAAUGAAGUAACAACAACAUACAAAGAAAGUGGUUCGGAUACUGAAAACCGUGAAACUGCAGAAUUAGCACUGCGAGGAUUACAAUUACUGAGUGAAUGGACAAGUGUUGUAACUGAAUUGUAUUCAUGGAAGUUACUACAUCCGACUGAUCAUCACCAAAACAAAGAUUGUCCACCGGAAGCUGAAGAAUACGAACGUGCAACACGAUAUAACUACUCAGAAGGUGAGAAAUUCGCGUUGAUUGAAGUCAUUGCAAUGGUUAAAGGUCUACAAGUUCUAAUGGCACGCAUGGAAACUGUUUUCACCGAUGCAAUCAGACGUCACAUCUACUCUGAAUUACAAAACUUCGUCCAGUUGAUGCUCAGGGAACCAUUACGCAAAGCAAUCAAAAACAAAAAAGACCUCAUCAGGUCAAUCAUCAUGUCUGUCCGGGAAACAUGCGCAGAUUGGACACGCGGAAUGGAACCCACAAAUGAUCCAGCACUCAAAGGCAAAAAAGACGAUAAUGGAUUCACCAUCAAAGUACCACGCAGAAAUGUGGGACCAUCAUCAACACAGCUAUACAUGGUGCGCACAAUGUUGGAAUCAUUGACUUCGGAUAAAUCCGGAGGAAAACGCACACUUCGCAAGGACAUCGAAGGACAAUACCUGAUCCAAAUCGAUACUUUCCACAAAAACUCAUUCAACUGGAAUUAUUUGUUGAGUUUCAGUGAAAGUUUACAACAAUGUUGUGAUCUUUCUCAAUUAUGGUACCGCGAGUUCUAUCUGGAGAUGACCAUGGGCAGAAAAAUCAAUAAAUGCACCGUGCGUCACCAGCAUAACGAUGAGUGCAAUGAUUUGAUCACCAUGGAGAAACGGAUACAGUUUCCAAUUGAAAUGUCUAUGCCUUGGAUUCUUACUGAUCAUAUACUCAAGACAAAAGACCCGUCAAUGAUGGAAUAUGUACUGUAUCCGCUUGAUCUGUACAAUGACAGUGCAUUAUACGCGCUGACAAUCUUCAGGAAACAGUUCCUGUAUGAUGAAGUUGAAGCAGAGGUGAAUCUUUGUUUCGAUCAGUUUGUAUUCAAACUGUCUGACCAAAUCUUCGCGUAUUAUAAACAACUCGCAGCGAGUAUCUUUCUGGAUAAACGUUUUCGUUUGGAAUGCGCUACGCAAGCAGGAGCGUAUUUAUUGCCGUAUCCACGUGCAAAUCGAUAUGAAACUUUGUUGAAGCAACGUCAUGUUCAACUUCUCGGCAGGUCUAUUGAUCUUAACAAGUUGAUUACGCAGCGUAUCAACGCCGAAAUGCAAAAGUCACUGGAUCUUGCAAUUUGCAAGUUUGAAUCUGGUGAUAUAACAGGUGUGAUGGAACUGGAUGGUUUGUUACAAGUAAAUCGACUUUGUCACAAGUUACUGAGUAAAUGGCUUGCAUUGGAUGAUUAUGACUGCAUGUAUCGUGAAGCUAAUCAUAAUGUGUUAGCGCCUUAUGGUCGUAUAACUUUGCACGUGUUUUGGGAGGUCAAUUAUGAUUUCCUGCAGAAUUAUGUGUAUAACGCGGCGACUAACCGCUUUAUAAAAUGUCAGAGUAUACAGUUUGCACCGCCUGUUGCACGAGAUAAACCACCGACGACUUCUUACCAUCAUUUGUGGGGUACCAAGGCGUUGAACACAGCGUACAAUGCACAGUACAGUCAAUAUGCCGGGUUUGUUGGUUCACAUCACUUUCACACCAUUUGCAAACUACUGGGUUAUCAGGGUAUUGCAGUGGUGAUGGAAGAACUUUUGGGGAUUGUCAAAAACUUGAUACAGGGGAAUCUGCUGCAAUAUACACGAACACUCAUGGAGAUGAUGCCUAAACAAUGCAAAAUGCCAAGAUAUGAUUAUGGUUCUCCAGGUGUGUUAGGUUUCUAUAACGCUAACUUGAAUGAUAUUCUGCAAUUCUCCGACGCGCGUACCGAAUUCUUCCACAUUUUCCGAGAAUUCGGUAAUAUUAUCCUCUUCUGUCUCUUGAUGGAACAAGCGUUGUCGCAAGAAGAAGUCUGUGAUCUUCUACAAGCCGCACCUUUCCAGAAUAUACUCCCGAGACCGCAUUGCAAGGAAAAUGAAAAACCCGACGCGAAGCAAAAGCGUUUGGAGCAGAAAUACGCCGCGCUGCAGAUUGUUUCAAACAUCGAGAAACUCGGCACUGCGAAACAAGCGUUAAUUUCACGCGAGGGUGAUUUGCUAACUCGUGAACGCCUGUGUUGCGGGUUGAGUAUAUUCGAGGUGGUACUCACCCGUCUAAGAAGUUAUCUUGAUGAUGAAAUUUGGAUGGGGAAGCCACCGCUUAACGGUGUAAUGAACGUUGAUGAAUGCACAGAGUUCCAUCGUCUGUGGUCUGCGCUCCAGUUUGUUUAUUGCAUUCCUGUUGGUGAGACAGAAUAUACUGUCGAGGAGUUAUUCGGCGAAGGUUUACACUGGGCUGGGUGUACGAUGAUUGUCCUCCUGGGUCAACAACGACGUUUUGAAGCGUUGGACUUCUGCUAUCACAUCCUGCGUGUACAACGCGUUGAUAUGAAGGAUCAGCUUGUGACUGGAAUUAGUUUGAAACGCAUGGUUGACAGGAUUCGGCGCUUCCAAGUGUUGAAUUCGCAAAUAUUCGCCAUUUUGAAUAAAUUCCUCAAGUCCAACGACAACGACGAGCAGUCCGUUGAGCAUGUACGCUGUUUCCCGCCGCCGGUGUACGGCGUAAGUGCUCCGCAUCAAAUUUAUCAAUCCUCCGACCAUGUGCGACAGUAACAGCCGAAAUGAUGAACGACGCGACACGCGAAUGCACUUUAUUAUUUAAUCCCGAUAUAUAUUUGCUAGUAAUAUAUUAGUUUUACGAGUUGUACGAUGGCCGCUUGUAUCUAUCAUCUUUCUAUACGCAUCUGUACGCAAUAAUAAUAAUUUAUAUACGAGUA